AUGUCCUCAUUUGCACCAUUCGACUUUGGACGUUACAUCUGGCGUUCCUCCCCCCAAGAUCCGUCACAUUGGAAGCGCGAGGCUGGUGGCGGGGAGUACUUCGAGGAUGUCGUCCAUAAUGGGAACCACGGAGAACAAUACCUCUUCCUCGGUGUGAAGGCGGUGAUCGCAACUCCUGUCUCAUCCGCUAGGCUGGCAGCCCUUGCCAGGGAGGCUUGGAUCGCUCUCCGCUUUGAGACGCCGACGAUUGCCGCGCAUACCGAGCAUGACAAUGCGGGCCUCCCGUUCAUCACUUAUCGCACCGCCAAGGACGCCGACGAAGUGGGCGACUGGGCCCUGCGUACCGUCCGUCUCGCUGAGGGCACGCCGGACCUUGACGAUCUGCGGUUCGAAUUGGGAAAGAAAUUCAUCCCGGAGGCCAACGGUGACCAGACAUUCCUGUAUAUCGUCUCUCUAUCCGAUACUUCGUACGAUUUCCUCCUGCACACUUCUCACGUCCCGUUCGAUGGUGCCGGUAUCAAGAUUCUGCUCACCGUCUUCUUCACCAAGCUGGCCAAAUACAUAGACAAUCCUGCACUUGCUGCGCAGGUACAGUUGAAUUGGGGCACGGAGGCCAAGAACCUUUUGCCAUGCGUUUCAGAGGCCUUGGGUCCGAAAGAGGAUCGGUCAGGAGAGAAUUACAUUCAAACAUUGGGUGGUAUCAUGAGUGACUUGGAUAGUGCCAUGCCCCACCAGUACGGAUUCAAAGCUCGCAACUUCGGUCCAGGUCCCACACGCCGGAUGUUCUAUACAUUCUCCCAGGACGAGAGUAAGCGGCUGCUGAAUGCAGUGAAGGGGCGCGGAUUUACACUCAAUCACAUUGCCCAUGCUGCCAUCUCACUUGUGUGCGCGCUGGACAAUCCCCCGAACACGUCUACCUCUCCAGAUGCAAGGUUCGCAUACUACGGACUGGCGGACAGUCGCACACGCCUUGCUGCUCUAUACUCCGAGAAGCUCGGCUACCCCGGCUAUGCUCUCGGCGUGUCUGUGAUCCAAAUUCCCGUUUCUGCCGCGGUUGCCACUGCUGGAGAGAGCAAUGAGCAAGUUCUGCUCCGACUCGCGUCGAUCGUCAAAGACGAGUACACGAAGCAACGCGCAUAUCCAUCGCUGCUUGGUGUGGUCUGCCAGCAGGUCGACCUGAUGAUCCUCGGGCUCAAAGCACUCGAAGGGCCUCCGCCGCCGUGGAUGGGCCCAUGGUACGCCGGCGACGGCGUCGGCGAAACCUAUUUACAGCCUGCGUAUAGUGAUGCGAAGGGCAUAGACAUCAUCAAGAUCAAUGACUUCUUUGUGUCCUUGAACAAGACCGAUCCUGGCCCGUUCUUCCGGUCGUAUUCCUGGGAUGGGAAGCUCACCUUGAGCGUCGACGCAAACAUCAACGCGAUGCCGAAAGGCGAUGUGGAGGGCUUUAUGAAGAAGUGGGUCGAAUUGCUCCGCCUGGUGCUGUGA